AUGGAAAACCACUUCGACAAGACCUGCAGGGUCAAAUUACCCUUAGAAGUCAUCCUUUUGGUCGUUGAGAAUCUGAUCCCUAGGGGGAUUCACCGAUCGAUCUUUUCUACCUCAAAUGUCGUCACGAAAACAUUGCUCAGCUGCACAUUAGUCUCCAAAGCAGUCAAUCCUACUGCAACCCAACUGCUUUGGCAAAAUUGUCUCUACAUUGACUCGAAAGAUCGUCUUUACCAUGUCCGCGAUUCUAUUUCUCGGCAGGGUUCAGUCACAGGUCGGUCAUGCGAAGUUUAUCGCCCUACGAGGCUGUUUCUUCGUCUGUAUCCAGAUCCAACAUCUGUGUCCGACGUUGAAAUAUUCGACGAUGAUUACUACCCGCCAUCGCCGCUCGAGGACAUUGACAUGUGCGAGGCUGUCAAAAGCUUACUCGUGACUUUGGCUCCGAGUCUCACAACUAUCGUUGUGGACAUGCCACUUCGCAGUCUUUAUCCUUCAAAUGAUGAGCACGGCGUUCGGAAGAUUCUCAGAGACGGGUUCGAAGCGCUGGUCCAUAUUGAAGAACUUGUCAGCAUCAACGACGAACUAUACUUGGCCACCAAAGAAGAUCACAGUGAGCCACAAGUAUGGAUCAAAUGGGCGAACCUCCGGCGUGUAUCCCUCUACAAUGUUUUUAUGGGCCCCGAGCUAUGGAAGGACAUGCUUCUAUGCCCUCGAUUGUACAAGGCGGUUUUCCCACGUGCAGACUCCGACAACUCACGUCGACACGACAUCAAAGGUGAAUUAUCCACCGCGUGGGCUGAAGCUACCGGCCAAAAUCCACAGAAGUACCGAGGACCAGAAAUUACGAUAGCGCUAUGUGAUUGGUAUCGCCAGCCUUACGACUUCGAAUCAUACACGGAGAGCUGGCGAGACCUGGAUCCCGACAAUCUCAUAUCGAUCAGGACCGUGAUAAUCGACCCACAAUACGAUCCAGCUUUUCAGAACGUAGAUGACGAGCAAAUCUACACAUGUAAGAACUGGAUCAGGGAACGUGCUUUGCGUGGCUCACUAUGGGAUGAUAUUUGUCUUUGA